UACGGCAUAUACAUAUGCAGACAGUAGACAACACCGACCGAAUAUAGUGUUACUGAAAUAAUGUUGCUUCAUUUUAAAUCAUCUUAAGUGUACUCCUUUCCUAACAUUGUAUCCUCAAUAUUAAACAAUCUGUAAUGUUAGAAAUGCUAAGAUAUAAGUACUUCACGUAAUAACGAUUAUCCCUCCGCGAUCUCAUCGUACUAUUUUAUGAAGAGGGAACAAUGAUAUUUAUCUAAUACUACCUAAGAAAGGAAAAAUAAUCUGCGUUCUAAAUCGUUGAGGUAUCGUCUUUAUAUGUGUAUAGACCAGUAUCGUAAACGUGACAUCAUCUCUAAAUGCCAGUAUAAUUGUCUCCGUUGAAGGUGCAAAGUAUUAAAAAUGCCAAGCUCGUACUUAUACGCUAUUAAUAAUGAGGGUCGUGUAUUUGGAUUAUCAACGUCUGGAAAUAUGUGGAGAGAAUUCAUGUACCUAGGGCUUGAGUUCAAACAGCUCUCGGCUGUGCCUCAUUUCAUGUGGGCCAUAGGCGGAGAUAGACAAGUUUACGUACACGUACACGGUUUAGAUGUACCCAUAAGAAUCAAGGAAGAGAUAUAUGAAAACGAACGUUGGCUACCUUUAGAAGGAUUCAGUGGGAGAUUAUUGCCCACUGAUAGAUAUAACUUUUCUAAUCAAGAUGGUACAGUGGAUAGGAGCAGAGAAAAAGUAAGAUUACCUUCGAUGGCCUGGCAAUGGGAAGGAGACUGGCAAAUAGAGACAACAUUAGAUGGUCAACCGCUAGAUCACGAUGGAUGGACAUACGCAGUUGAUUUUCCAGCAACGUAUUCUACGAAAAAGCAAUGGAAAUCGUGUGUCAGGAGACGGAAAUGGGUUCGUUAUAGAAGAUACAGUGCCAUGAACUCAUGGUGUGCUAUUGCUCCACUUCACAAGGAUGCGACGAAGGAACCGUUUAUUGACAUAUCUGUGGGUGGAAAUCAAAUACCUGGAGGUAAUCCUGGAUGCCUAGUAGUCUGGGCAGUAACUGCUCACGGGAGGUUAAUGUUUCGCGUCGGAACGACUACAACGUGCCCCGAGGGUCAGAGGUGGAGCACGAUAAAGUUAACGAACGGACACGAGGUGUGUCAGAUCAGUGUCGGGAUGACUGGUCUCGUUUGGGCAGUAUUAAUGACUGGUAAAGCGAUUGUGCGUACGGGUGUUACCAGAGACAAUCCAAUGGGAGAAGAUUGGGUAGAAGUCGAUCCUCCUCAAAAAGAUUUGAAAUUAGUGCAAGUUAGCGUGGGUACGGAUGCCGUAUGGGCUGUAACGCACGAUGGAGAAGUAUGGUUUAGGAAAGGUGUGAAGGGCGAGAUGAGCGGAGUCUGCGAGCAAAUGGCUAGCGGCACUGGCUGGGUGGAAAUGAUGAGUAAAAUGUCUUUGGUAUCCGUUGCUCCUAACGAUCAGGUGUGGGCUGUUGGUCAUGAGGACAGAUGCCUGUAUUAUCGCAGUGGCAUCACUCAAUCCGAAUUAACGGGUAAAAAAUGGAGAUUAAUUAACGCACCUCUGCAGCUUAGUCGAGCGAGCAGUAACGCCAGUUUGUCGUCGUCGAAUAGACACAGUAUGUCUGGUACUCCACAGCAGCAGAGGCAUCAGAGUUGGGGAUCAUUGAAUCGACCGCACAGUACGAGCGAAGGAACCACGUUGAUCCGGGAAUGGGAAGAACAAUCUCGAUCCGCGCCUACGCCAACGUCUCUGAAAUUAUGGCAACGCGCGAACGAUGGCAAAAAUUCACAGCAAACAUCUUUUCAAGACAUAUAUUUGAGCGAAGAGAAGAAGAGGUCGUCGAAUUCGUUGGACAUGGGCGAUCUGACCGAGGCAAGCGUUGCAAACAUAACUAUAUCGAACGAGUCGUUGACUAAAUCUGGAGAGUCCAUAGUAGUCUCCGGAAAGGGGAUGGGAAACGUUGUCAAGAUCAAUCCAGCUGCGUGGAGUCCGGUUCACUCGGUGGGAUCUAUGGUUGGCGUUGAAGCUCAUCCUGAAACAGAUGGAUGUAUAUUUGAUCCGGAUUUGACCAGCGACUCCGGUGUCUACGGAGAAGACGAAAGUUCCGGUGGAAUAUACUGGGGUGAAUGCGAUGCUUUUUGGUGCAAGGUUGAAGCAGGAGCAUGUUACGUUGACUCUACCAAUCCACCGAAAUGGAUUGCGGAUAUGAACGGUGGAAGUCACGGAGAUAUAGGCGAACCGUGGAGGAUGUACAUUUUAGAAGAAUUGAAGAAGAGAUUGAAAAAUGUUCAAUUCGAGCCGGUAAAAUACGAGAAAGUAGUCGAAAAGUCGUCUUGGGUGAAGAACGGCGACGCAAAGUGUAAAGUUAAAGGGAGCAUCUCGUACGAUGAUUGCAUCAUUGAAUUAGAAUGGAUUAGUAGUGACAGUGGUUCCUUAGAUUCCGGAAUUUUUACUAUUUUAAAUUCAGACGGAGCGACAACAAUUUUGCAAUUUUCUGUGUCCGAGAUCAUGUCUGUGGUAUGCUGUAGCGAACCAGGUAAUCCGCGAAUAGCCAUUCAUACUCCCCGAAUGCCUCGUUCUAAAGUCGUUAGAUUGCAGUUUUCCAGUGACAGUGACAUGGAAGACUGGUUAGCUCAUUUAACUUCAGUAUCUUGUCAAUUGAAUAACGUUUACGGAAGACCGGGACCCAGUUCAAUUUGGACUACGACCGCGUUGGGAGACGUGUAUGUAUACGAUCCCGCUGCUACAGAAGAAAGUCAAUACAUCAAUGGUGCUUACGUCCAAGAAUUAGACGUUGCAGGAAAAGAAGUACCCUAUGAAUGUAUAUUACAGAACGGUUUCGGAUGUGGUAGUUCCUUAAAAAUUACGGUCUGCAUUCACGACGAUGCCGAGAGGCUUUCGUUUAAUCUCGUUUGUUACUCGACGAUGUCAAACGUAAAACAAAAGUCUGUGAUGGAGAGUCACGAUGUGGCGUUGCACUUUAAUCCGCGAUUAAAAGAGAAUAUAAUCGUACGAAACACAUAUCAGAACGGUCAGUGGGGCGAUGAAGAGAGGAAUGGGGGUAGCCCGUUAAAACCUGGCUCUGAUCUCACGUUAGAAAUUGUUUGCGAAACAAGAGGAUACAGAAUUUAUAUCGAUGAUACGGAAUUUGUUUUUUAUAGUCACAGAAUAUUACCGCAAAGUAUUACUCAUUUACGAAUCAAAGGAUUGAUGACAUUAUGUGGCAUACUUUACAAGUCGCCGUCUAUAAUCAUUGACCCGAUCACGAUGUUCUGGCGACAAAUGGGUGGUCAUUUAAAGAAAGUUGAAACUUGUGCUGUUGGUGUAACGUGGGGAAUAGGCUACGACAGUACGGCGAGAGUAUAUACCGGUGGAUGGGGCGGUUCAUUCUUAAAAGGAUUGGGUAGUAAUACAGGAAUAAACACAAUGACGGACACUCACAAUUAUUAUGUCUAUGAGAAUCAGCGCUGGAAUCCGGUAACCGGAUACACGUCUCAUGGUCUUCCAACGGAUCGUUACAUGUGGAGCGAUGCUACUGGUCGUCAAAAACGCACUCGGGAACUCACCAAGUUAUUGUCUAUGCACUGGCAUUGGGUGUCAGAUUGGAUAGUAGAUUUCCACACACCUGGAGGUGUCGACAGAGACGGCUGGCAAUACGCCACCGAUUUUCCUUUCCAGUAUCACGGUAAAAAACAAUUUACGGAUUACGUUAGGAGAAGACGGUGGUUUCGUAGAUGUCAAUUGACCACCUCCGGACCAUGGCAAGAAUUGGGAAACACAAAAUUACUUGAUGUCUCUUUAUAUGGGACUGGGAAACCCGGUACGGAUGCUCCCGUGUACAUAUGGGCGGUAGCUACCAACGGCGAAGCUUUGUUCAGGAGAGGAGUUUCAGAAUCUUGUCCAGUGGGAGUUUCGUGGGAACACAUCCCGAGCGACCAAGCUCUAGUCAGUAUUUCAUGCGGUCCAACAGGGCAAGUGUGGGCUGUUGGAAGAAACGGUUCUUCUUACUGGAGAUUAGGUAUUACUCCUGCGAAACCUACAGGAGUGCAAUGGCAAAACGUUGAACCGCCGACAAACGCUCAUUUAAAAUACAUCUCCGUCGGGAAGGACGUAGUCUGGGCUCUGGAUACGUCAGGCAAGCUACAUGUGCGCCGAGAAGUCCAGUUGAACGUUUUCCCGGAGGGAACGCAUUGGCAAACUCUUCCAGUGAUGCCCAACGAUCCUAUACACAUAGAAAUCCCUGAAAACUAUACGAAGCACCCCAAAAAGGCUACGUUUCUUGGAAAACUAUGCAGAGUGCCCCUAAAAACGAGCUCCGCGUUGGGAAACGCUGUUAUAGGAUCCGUUAAUUUAGAUACACUCUCUGAACCUUGUUCUAUAGAUAUGUCUGUAGUUAAUGCGAAGCAGGGCUUUCGUCAAGUUUCCGUUGCGAGAGAACCGGGCCAAGUGUGGGCCAUUUCGGGGUCUGGUAUACUUUGCCGUAGAAUAGGUAUUACCGAUGAGAAUCCAGCUGGAACUGGUUGGGCUACCGGCAUAGGGGCGAAUUGGCAGUACAUCAGUGUGGGAGCACUUGUAAAUAAGAGCAAAUGAAUUGCUGAAAGAAUCAUUUUAACUAUUACCACGUUGCUACCUAAUGCUCUAUCGCUUGAUUGCUACAUAUUUUACACAAAUAAUGAAAAGUCAACGUAUGAUAUAUGUGAGAUAUGUAUGCCCUAUCUAGAUAGUUUAUUAGCUUCUGCGAUCGAGAAAAUAUCGUGCUAAGAUAUAUUUAAUAAACAAAGAAACUGUUUUUAUCAAUCGGACAGAAAACAAUAUUAAUUGAACGUGUAAUGAAUUAAGGAUGUAUUGGCUAUACAAUCAAUCCCGAAAGUUUAUGCACUUU